CGCGUACUUGCGCUCGCGUGGGAGAAACGGCACGUUUGUUUAUCGGUUCGGCGCUUGGUGAGUGGACUAGCGGAACAGUGGAAAGUUGGUAGCUUGACUCGUACGGAUGACGGUCGGGAACACGGAGGAGAGCCGCAGCCAGAGCGCAGAGUCAGUGCCGUGCUACGCUUGGCCCCCGUCGGUUCGCGCGUGCCACACGACAACACUCCAUUUCUUUCUCUUUCUUACUCUCUACCUCUAGCUCUCUUUCUCUUUCUCUUUAUUACACAUACACGUUUUCCCUAUCUUCCCUCUUCUCUCUGUGCUCUGUCCGUCUGUCUGUCUGUCUCUCUUAAUCCCUUCCUCCUUAUUUUCCAUCUCUCUCUUUCUUCCACUUAUUUUUGUUUAGUCGAGCCGCGCGCAAAAGAGCGUUGGCGGUUUGCUAAAUUCGUUGUUUUCUUUAUCCUCUUCCUGUACUCCUAACACCUCGUUUUAUUUAUCAUACGCUCAUCUUUUCACUUGAUUUUCAUCCUAUAUGACAAAAUUGUUGUCUCUUGAACUAAAGUGCGGGCGUGCGUGCACGAGAUCGCGUAUGCUAUCUGCUCUUCGGUACUACAAUUUGUUGACACAUGAAAGUGCACUGCUACGUUAUUCACGUGUCAAUCAGAAACCUCUUUCGCUUAUCACUGCCAAUAAUUUGAUAUCCGAAUGCUUCGAGUAGCAGCGAACGGUAGACGGAGCUUUAGAACAGUUUAUGGAUUAAAGUUCAUAUGAAAGGGUGCAGUCAGCCCAAGGAAGCAAAAUUUCGGGUGUCCAUUAACUGCUUUCUCGCAUUUUGGAAAUCUUCAGUUGGACGAAUCAGCGAACAAGCUGCGUCGUCUGUAAAUUACUAUAUGAAGUGAAGAUAGUUUAAAGACACUUUGUGGAAGUCAGUCACUCGCAACGCUGCUCCUAACGUAGUAGCGCGAUUUGAGGACGGAGAAACUUCCUUACGAUAAAAUUAUUGAUUACCCAUCCGUAAAAAAGUAUCAUGAGCUUCAAAGCAGAGAUUUUCGUGUGCCUUGGGAUUUUGUUGGCUGCCUCGGCAAAUUUGGAACCUCGAGCCCGUCCGCGAAUAGCACCAAUUUAUUCGAACCAGUUUGCAGUUCAUGUAACAGCUGGACCUGAAGUCGCAAACAGCAUAGCAGAGAAGCAUGGAUUCGAUAAUCAUGGACAGAUCGGCUCGUUGUCGAAUUACUAUCUGUUCGAACACAAGCGGCUCCACAAGCGCUCGCUGAGCAUAAGCGAGCAUCAUCACAAGGCACUCAAGGAGGAACCGCACGUGCACUGGUUUCAACAGCAGCAUGAAAGAAAGCGCAAAAAAAGAGAUUUCUCGGCAGCGGGCGCUGCCGGUUUCGGAGAUUACCCUCCGUUUUUUCGCGACUACGACCCCAGAGCGCGGCCCGAGAGCUACCACCGUCAAAGGAACCGAGGCGUGCCUCUUCAGAACCUGUUUACCGACCCAUUAUUCAAAGAGCAGUGGUACCUGAACGGCGGGGCGAAGGACGGCUUCGACAUGAACCUGGGCCCGGCCUGGCAGAAGGGCUACACCGGCAAGGGCGUCGUCGUAUCGAUUCUGGACGACGGCAUCCAGACUAAUCAUCCCGACCUGGCUCUGAAUUACGAUCACGAGGCCAGCACGGACAUUAACGACAACGACGACGACCCCAUGCCCCGGGACAACGGCGACAACAAGCACGGGACCAGGUGCGCCGGCGAGGUGGCCGCCGUCGCUUUCAACCGCUUUUGCGGCGUCGGCGUCGCCUAUAAUUCCAGCAUAGGAGGUGUUCGGAUGCUGGACGGCCCGGUGAACGACGCAGUGGAGGCGCGCGCCCUAGGCUUGAAUCCGGACCACAUCGACAUUUACAGCGCUUCGUGGGGGCCGGAGGACGACGGGAAAACUGUGGACGGGCCGGGGCCGUUGGCACGGCGCGCCUUCAUCUACGGUGUGACCAGCGGUCGCCAAGGCAAGGGCUCGAUCUUCGUGUGGGCCUCGGGCAACGGCGGCCGGCACACCGACUCCUGCAACUGCGACGGCUACACCAACAGCAUCUUCACGCUGUCCAUCUCCUCGGCGACCCAGGGCGGCUACAAGCCCUGGUACCUCGAGGAGUGCAGCUCGACCCUCGCCUCGACCUACUCCUCCGGCACGCCGGGCAACGACAAGAGCGUCACCACCGUCGACAUGGACGCCAGACUGCGCGAGGACUACAUCUGCACGGUCGAGCACACCGGCACCUCGGCCUCGGCGCCCCUCGCCGCCGGCAUCGCCGCCCUCGCCCUCGAGGCCAACCCCACGCUCACCUGGCGGGACAUGCAGUACCUCGUCGUCCUCACCUCGCGCUCCCAGCCCCUCGAGAAGGAGUCCGGCUGGAUCCUCAAUGGCGUCAAGCGCAAGGUUUCCCACAAAUUCGGUUACGGUCUGAUGGACGCCGGCGCGAUGGUGAGUCUGGCCGAGCAGUGGACAAACGUGCCGACUCAGCGCAUUUGCAAGUCUCAGGAGAUCAACGAGGAUCGCCAGAUCGACUCGUCCUACGGCUACACGCUCAGCGUUUCCAUGGACGUCAACGGCUGCGCGGGCUCGCUCAACGAGGUUCGCUUCCUCGAACACGUGCAGUGCAAGGUCUCCCUGAGGUUCUUCCCCCGAGGCAACUUGCGUCUUCUGCUGACUUCGCCGAUGGGAACGACGUCGACGCUGCUGUUCGAGAGGCCGCGCGACGUGCUCAACUCCAACUUCGACGACUGGCCCUUCCUCAGCGUGCACUUCUGGGGCGAGAAGGCAGAGGGACGUUGGACACUUCAAGUGAUCAACACAGGCAGUCGACAUGUCAACUCGCCAGGAAUUCUGAAGAAAUGGCAGCUGGUAUUCUACGGCACGGCAUCGAACCCCAUCAGGAUACGCACGAAGCAAUAUAAUCCGGUACAGGCGCCUUCCGAGGCACAGCUCAGCUCGAUUCAUUACCCCGCGCACUACGAGCGGGCACAGGCGCAGCCUGUUCGCGCCUCUGACUAUGAUUACCCGAACGCCGACUUCUUUUCUACCUCUGGCUUUCAGGCUUAUCAGGACCCGUACGCCGGGGCGGCCUCCAAUGUCGAUCCCUCCAUGACGACCCUCGACGGCUCGUCCGGGCCGCUCAUGACCAACAGACUGCCGGGUGACACGGCCGCUGUUCAGCUGGACGGCUCUCUCGAUCCCAGCAGGCGAGUCCAGCUGCGCGACUGCGAUCCCCAGUGCGACGUCCAGGGCUGCUACGGCAAGGGCCCCACCCAGUGCGUCGCCUGCAAGAACUACCGCCUCGACAACACGUGUGUAAGCCGAUGCCCGCCCCGGAGCUUCCCGAACCAGGGUGGCGUUUGCUGGCCGUGCCAUGAAUCCUGCGAAACUUGCGCCGGCGCCGGCCAGGACUCCUGCCUCUCGUGCGCCCCGGCCCACUUACGAGUUACCGACUUGGCGGUCUGUCUUCAGCAGUGCCCCGAGGGCUACUAUGAAAAUGCGGAGAACAGCACGUGCGUGCCGUGCGAGGCGAACUGCGCGAGCUGCUCGGACCGGCCGGAUCACUGCACGAGCUGCGAGCAUCACCUGGUGCUGCACGAGAACAAGUGCUACGCCGCCUGCCCGCUCUACACGUACGAGACGCAGGACUACAACUGCGUGCCCUGCCACCCCAGCUGCGAGACGUGUAACGGCACCGGCGCGAAUCAGUGCAUCGGAUGUCGAUCCGGCCUCUACUCCUUCCGAGGCGAGUGCCGGCGUUCCUGCCCGAGCGGCUUCAGCGCGGACAAGAAGCGGCGCGAGUGCGUGCCCUGCCCGCCCGGCUGCGCCAACUGCACCGCCUCGAGCUGCACGAGCUGUGAGGCCGGCUGGAGCCUGAACAAGAAGGGCCUCUGCGCGCCGGAGUCGCGCUCGCGCUGCGACAGCUUCGAGUUCUACGAGGAUGGCCACUGCAAGCGCUGCCACUCGACCUGCGAGAGCUGCGCCGGCCCGACCGAGGAGUUCUGCAUCACCUGCCAGAGCCCCCUGCUCCUGCAGGGCAAGCGCUGCGUCGCCCAGUGCGACACCGGCUACUACUCCGAGCUCAGGAGCUCCAGGCCCGUCUGCGUGCCCUGCCUCCACACCUGCACCAGCUGCGUCUCCAGGCUCAACUGCACCUCCUGCCAGGACGGGCUGCAGCUCCAGAGCGGCGAAUGCAGGUCCUCCUGCGCUCACGGGUACUACAGCGACAGGGGUCAGUGCGCCAAGUGCUACUUGUCUUGCAAGACCUGCUCUGGACCAAGGAGGGAUCAGUGCGUGAGCUGUCCGAAGGGCUGGCAGCUGGCCGCGGGCGAGUGCCACCCCGAGUGUCCGGAGGGCUACUUCAAAACCACCUACGGCUGUCAGAAGUGCCACCACUACUGUCACACUUGCAAAGGAGAGGGGCCGCAGGAGUGCACCUCCUGCCCGCCGCACUCGAUGCUGGAGACCGGCAUGUGCAUGGCCUGUCUAGGGACCCAGUACUACGACCACCCGACGCGCCUCUGCAGGAACUGCCACCUGGAUUGCCACAGGUGCACGGGUCCCGGCAAGUUCAGCUGCUCGGGCUGCGCGCCGCCGCUGCACCUCGACAAGCUCAACAACCAGUGCGUGCCCUGCUGCAAGGGCGAGGAGAAGCUCGACGAGACCGAAGAGUGCUGCGUCUGUGAUCCCGAGACCGGUGGCUGCAGGAACAGCUCUCCGGCCGGUAAAAGAAGAGUUCCUGGAGCCGAGUUUACACCCAUGGAGAAGGCCAAGCUGAACGCUCUGUCGGAAGCUAGCGAUUCGAACGGCUUCGAUUUGAAGGACGAGUCGACGGAUUUCGCCGUGACAGCGGCCACCACGCUGGCCGUGGCCAUCUGCGUGGCUUCCAUCGCGAUAUUCGCCACGAUAUUCGUCGCACUUCAGGUACACUUGCGCAGUUGCGCAAAAGUUACCAAACGCAAUACCAGAAUGUGACGCACUCAAAAAACAAUGUCGAACAGACGAGAAGUCGCCAUGGGAUACACACAAUUGGCUGUGAGGAUGGAACCCUCGGACGAAAUGGACGUCGAUGAUACAACGGAGCUGAUGACGUAGGCCGAUUGUCCCAUGUAUCCAAUGACUAGACCUUUGCUUUCUUACUCGUCUUGCGACGCUUGACGAAAUUCAAGGUUGCCGAGUCAUCAGAAUACAUACGAACAUACAAAAAAGUAAGCGGAACAAACAUAAAAAAGGGUGUAUGCUCGGGUAUCCAGACUCGUUGCAGUGCGUCGGCACGAGUUAGGAUGUGCUGUUGCGUGCACUGACCAACAAGAAACUGAGACAGAUUCAGAGAUGCGAGCAUGUUCCGAAUGUUUCUUAAGUGCAAAGAAAAGGAUGAGAGAACGCGCGAAAGAGAUAGAUAGAGAGAGAGAGAGAGAGAGAGAGACAGAGAGAGAGAGAGAGAAUAAGAGAGCGAAAGAGAGCGAGAAAGAAAUAAAUGAAAUAAUAAAAAAUGAUGUACAGAAAAAGCGGAUGUUUGAGUGCGAGCAUGGCUGCGUUUUCAAAGUGUUUUUGCGUUGCGUGCGAGUGAUGCUAACAAACAAAACUUAAUGGAAGAUAAAUGGUAAAAAUAUAUUAAAAAGACAAUGCGGUGGCAAUGAAUUGUAUUAAAACCUUCUCACUUGGAUUCCUUCGGCCAGUGUGCAAACUGCCAUUUUUUACGACGUGUUGCGCGGGAAGUUUUUAUCAGGAAUUAAAUGAAAAUAAUUGAAAACCCGAAAAAGAAUUUAAUUAUAAAUAAUCGGAAAUUAACGAGCUGAGAUGUGAAGAGAACGGACGAAAAAGAAAGCUAGUGUAAAGUGCCUGAUUAGUGACACCUCUUCACCGGUGUUCCCUUUCUCGUCCUUCCGUCGUCUACUUUUGUGCUUUUAUUUUUAAUCAGUAUUUUAUUUUUUCGUAAAACGCUACGAGGUGAAUCAGAAGUUAGUUAUAUCAAUCAAGUUAAUAAAAAGUAGAUAGAAAUAAAUUUUUAAAGAGUAUAACGUUGACCUGUCGAAUCACAGUCGAUCGGAGAGCUUACCAGCUUCAGAAUCUCGUUAUCUGAGUCCCGUAAUUUAUAAGGAAGCGUCCUUUGAUCAGUUCUGCAAGUAGCGCAAGGAUGAUCGUUAUCCUUCGUUUUUAUGUACGACUUUUAUAUUGUAAUUAUACGACACGCUCAUGCAGCUUCUCACUAUGUACCCGAAACGUCACAAACCGAUUUUUAGACAUGUUUGUUGAUACUUUGUUACUUAUGAGCCUUUUCUUAUAUCAACUUUAUUUACUAUAUUGUUAUAUACGUAUAUUGUAUUUUGUUAAUUAAUAAAACUUUUAAACACAAACAUUCUGCUGCUGCUUUCUUGUCGGCGUACUUAUUAUGAGCUAUACGAGGAAGCCGCGAUGGAGAAUGCUACACUUCAUUGAAUUCAAGUGACUAACAAAAUAAGCAGAAUUACGAAAGAACGUUACGAUCAGUCCACCGUGAAUUUGUUGCGAUACUCUUAAGGGCUAACAUCCGCACUAUGUGAAUAUUGAAUUUGUCCUCGUGAUUUGAUAUGAUACUAUUAUUGUACUUUUAUUAUGAGCGCGAUCAUGAAUAUAUAUAUAUAUAUAUAUAUAUAGAUAUACAUAUACAAUCUACAUAUCUUGUUAUUCAUUUUCCUAAUAAACAAACAUUUUUACUUCUAAAAAUAAA